AUGCAAAGUGCUCUCUCUGAACAAGCACAAUCAUGUUCCGAUCAAGGCAAUCAGUACCCUUUUUGUUCGCCCGUAUCAACAGAUGUGUGGACAAAUGGCUCUACGUAUGAUUUUGUGUGGAAUUUCAACUAUCCUUUUUAUGUGGGCUAUGAAUCCAUCAGUCUCUACUUGUACUAUUACAUCAAGUUUGAAUAUCAAAACGUCAAGAAUUUCACCAAUUUAGAUAGAAGCACUGGGGGCAUCGAAGUAACUGUGGAUGACUCUUGGUUCCUCACACCAUUGAAUCCAGGAGAUUCGCCUAAAAAUUGGACCAUGCUGGGCUUUUAUCUGCCUUCAACACUUGACUCUGCUCAAGAGCUUGCGAGCCCAAGCAGCAUGUUUCCUCGACCAUUCAACUUUACCAUCACCCAAAUUGCACCUCCUGGUAACAGCAGCACAACAAACAUAGCCAAUACGACAAACUCAACGAGCACAAAUAACAAUAAUAAUAGCAGCGAUAGAAAUAGCGGCAAUAGCAGUAAUCUAUCAUCCUCUUCAUCUGCGUUGCCUGGAUGGGCCAUCGCUGUCAUUGUGAUUGCAGUGAUUGCAUUAGUUUGUGGUGCUGCUGCCCUUAUAUGGGCCAUCCUUAUUUCUCGUAGAAACAAACGAAACAACAAGCUGAUUCCAAUCGUUGGAGGAGGCAAAGGUGGUAGAAAUGGCGACUCGGGCAAAGGCAGUGGAGAAAAGGGACUAUACAAAGAUUCAGCAUUCCUCAACUCGCAAGCAAAAAUAAACGCUUUCCGAUCAACAGACAGUGUACCCAUGAGUGCAGCAGAAAAUGCCUCCAGUGUGGGUACAUUGGCUUCAAGACAAACGUACACACAACCAUUUACACCCUACGAUAACAAAUUAACCUCAACAGACGCUGUGUUACUCGCUGAUACCUUUAGAAAUACACUGGGAAGAUCAACGGCUGAUUGGAAUCCUCUUCCUCCUUCUUCUUCUGCUGCUGGUGGUAGCGUCACUUACGAUGACCCAGAGGAAGAAGAACUCAAGAGAAGACGAUUAGGUGAAGCUUUAUUGCAACGGCAAUUAGAAGAAGACGGUACUUCAGUAAAGCAUGCUGGUCGAUUUACUCGAGUAAAGAGUCUAGCAGAUAUACAGAAGAGUGCUGUUUUUGAACAUCCCACAAAGUAUUAA